CCUUGUGUCCCUCUUCACCCAGUGCACCCUCUCUUUUUUCCCCCUUCCCGCCGCUGCCCAAAUGGACACAGACAUUCCGCAACCAGUAGCACCGCUGGAGGCUGUUUGGGGAGAGCCAACCCCUCGGUUUUCCCAGUCAGCUCGGUGGCACUGCGUUUCUCUAGGGGCGGGCCAGAGAAGGCGGAAAAGGGCCAGAAUCCUCCCUUCCACUCGAAACUGAGGACUCGGGAGGGCAGGAAGUUUUUGGUCGGCGGGAAGAAAACCAAGUUGCGCUUGAUCGUGUAGGAAGCCAGAGAGGGAAAGAGGACCACACCCUCCCCUUUAAUCCGCCCCUAGCCGCGGGAGGCGGAGGCUGGGCCAGGCGCUGGCUUCUUCUCGGUGGUGCGGGGGUGAAGCCUUAGCUCCGAGCCCCCACUUCGGAAGGAGAGCCAGCUGGCGACUCCUGCAGCCGUGACCCUCUCGGGGGUCUCCCCACGCUCGCCCCAGCGCUAUGCAGCUGGCCGGCCGCUGGCUGCUGCCGCGUCUACCCCGGGCGCCCCCCCGGUUCGCUCCUGCCCAGAUACUGUGUGUGAGUCCAACUGCAAAUAGGAAACACCAUCCAUCACGCCUUUAUAGUGUACUGGUGCCAUCUGAUGAAGUAGUCAUUAAUUACAGAUAUGGGCUUCCUUUGCUAACGCUAACUUUGCCAUCGAGACAGGAGCGCUGUCGGUUUACAAUCAAACCAAUGUUAACCACGGUUGGUUCGUUCCUCCAGGAUAUCCAGAAUGAGGACAAAGGUAUUAAAAUUGCAGCUGUCUUCACCGCAGAUGGGAAUAGUAUUCCAACUUCAACCCCAAUGGAGAUUUUGCUUCUGAAUGAUUUUAAACUGAUGAUAAAUGACAAGACAUAUGAUGUGCAGUGUCCUAGAAAAGAAAAACUAAGCAGCGAGCACACAACUGACAUGGAUGACGUUAAGUCUGUGGUUCAGAGACUCUUUACUGCCUUGUACUUGGAGGAACAUCAGGUCAAGAAAGAGCGCAGUUUACUAGAGAAAAUUGAGGAACUGAAGGAGCGGCUGCAGCCCAUGGAGCAGCUGAAAGCCAAGAUUGAAGCUCGCUCAGAGGUCAAAACCAAUAGGCUCCUGUGGACUGGGUUGGCCUUGAUGUCCACUCAGGGUGGAAUCUUGGCAUGGUUCACGUGGUGGGUGUACUCCUGGGACAUCAUGGAACCUGUGACCUACUUCAUCACCUUUGGUAGCUCCAUGACCUUCUUUGCUUAUUUCCUCCUCACACGCCAGGAUUAUUCUUACUCACUCAUUAAGGACAGACAGUUUCUCCACUUCUUCCACAAGAGACUGAAGAAGAAGGAUUUUGACGUGGAACAGUAUAACAAAUUAAAAGAGGAUCUGGAAGAGGCUGAAGAGUCUCUGAGACGUCUGCGCCCACCUCUCCAUUUACGGUUACCGAUCCAGGAAAUCAAAGAGAAGAAUUAAAACUGCUUUUAUUAUUUUAUAAAUGUUUAUUGGUUUGUCUCUUCUGCACUGUGCUUAGAAACUGGAUGUUUAAUAACUCUUAUAGAUUUGAAUGUUUCAAAAAGGAAGAAAUAAAUUUUUUAAUGAAA